GGUCUGGAGAAGAAGAAAGGGCUAGACGGGCAACGCAGAAAAGCAGAGAAUGUUUCAGGUAAAACUGGCUGUUUCUCAAUUCCAAGAACGCAAAGAACGGACAUGCGUUCUAGUGGAGACCGGUCUUGCCAGGCUACCUUGAAAGAAAGAACUCGGAAGGACACAGAACGCAUCCUUGUGAGAAUUGAGAUGUGCUGCGAUCUUGUUGCUCAACUGACCGUCCCAACAUAUAAGUAGUGGCCAAUGCACAGUAAAUACAACAUAACAUCACAAACAAAUGUCAUAUCAUAUUAAAACAUUUUAUAUUAUUAUAGACAUUUUCAUAGUGUUUUAUAUCGUUUUAAUUUCCCGCGUGUUUUUGUGAAAAUGAAUAUGUAUGAUUAAUGUUCGUUUUAUGCUCUUUCAAUGUUAAGAUUCUUUUUAAUAUGCCAAUAAAAAUACCGCAGGCUUUUUUCAGGUCUUUAUCACUUUAUUAAAAUUAGGCAAAACAUCACAAAUUUGCAAGCUUGCAGCGGGAAUCUCUUAUGUGAGAACGAGAAGUUUAAAGCUUACAGGCUUCCAUACCAUUCGAUGCAUCCUCGAUAUCAAGAAUGCAUCUGGGAACUUUCUAAUGCAUCCUCUGUACUUGCGUUCUUGAGUAUUGGAAUUGAACAUUGACAAUUGAUGAUGACGUAGUACGAGAACACGCAAGAUCGCUUAAGAAUGCAUAUUGAGAAAUGGCCACUGUUUUCAUUCCCUUAGAUGACAAUCAACACACUUUUAUUCACUUUGAAUCACUUUGAUUCUCAGUUUUAGUUUCAAAGUAUUUUAUCAGCAAGAUUGUUUUAUGUAUUUACAACAUUGCCAAAUGAUCAAUAAAAACGAUACAAACAGUGAAAGGAAAAAUAAAUAAAAAAUAAGCUCAAAAAAAAAAAGGUAAUGGCAGUAAAACUAUAUAGGUAAACUUUGUCAUGAAAAAAAAAUUUCAUGUUGGCUUGACAAAGUCGUCUCAAAGUUUAAAAUAGUUUAGAUAGAUAGAGAAAGGUGACAUGAAAGUUAUACACACUGUAAAAAUUAAAUUUACUUGAGGUGCUAUUAGGGGUUCCUAAGAUUGGCACACUGACGGAACCCUUUGUAGAACCUCUAUUCCAAAUUAGAUUGGAUAGAAACAUUUAUCAACCGUACAUAAUCCAGAAAACUUCUUAAACUUUAAAGCAGAUUUUAGGUUGGUUAAUAUUAGCCGACAAUCACUGCCUUUCACUGCGCUCCAUUUGUCACGUGACAGGCAGCUUAAUUUCAAGCCCUGCCUUCAUUUCUAUAGCGCUUUGUACAACAUUGUUUCAAAGCAGUCAGUUCAGUUUUAAAUAUUAUCAGUUAUUAAAUUAGUUCAAUUCAGCUAUAAAGCAGCUUUGGAGAAAACAGUGAUGUUAUCAUCCAGCUCAGUUCAGUUCUCAUUGUGCACUCAUAGUGUCAGUGCAGUCAAAUCUUGUUGAAUAUUGAAUGUUGAGUAAUAUUGAGUGAAUAUUGAGUGAAACCAAAUACAUUAUAGUUGAGCAGUUAUACGUAAUACAUAAAUUGAUACAGUUACACUAACAAGGCAUUAAGGAGUAUUAAGAAUACUGUUACAGAUGUUCGCAGGGUGACUCUUUAAAUAUAAUGAUCAAAGCAGUGGCUAGUUUCAGAUGUCUCGCUUCCCUCCUCAGUGAUACCUGUAUUUUGACGUUUCUGACACAAUGUGGAAUGAAGUUUAAGAGUUUUUCUGGUGGGCGAGAGCAGCGCUACGGAGAGUGGAGAUGAGGACAUGUCAGCCUCUGCUGUGUCGUACACGGCCACUCAGCACACACCCACUAGCAUCACUCUCACUGUCAAAAGAGUCAAACACAACAAAGUCAAGAAGAGAAAGAAGAGCACAGAGAAAACGCGCACUACCCCUAAAGCCAAGAAAGUUAAGGCUUACAGAGAGGGUUCUAGAAAAUCCAUGAGGAUGAAGAACUCUGCGUCUGAGGCCAGUGUUCUGGAUGAGAACACAACAGAAGGAUGGGAGACACGAAUUCGGCAGUGGACCGACCAGUAUGAGGAAGCUCUGGCUAACCAGUACAGCGCUGAUGUACAAACCCUCCUCGAACACUACUGUGCCAAUGGCAACUCCUCCCCAAACCCAUCUACUGUUGCCAUGGACACCAUUAACCGAACAGAACUGGCUUGCAACAACACUGUGUUGGGCUCACAAAUGCAGUUACAGCUGGGGCGUGUAACACGUGUGCAGAAACAUAGGAAGAUUCUUAGAGCUGCACGGAAUUUAGACCCUGAAACACUCAUCAUUGAGUAUAGAGGCAAAGUCAUGCUCAGACAGCAGUUUGAAGUCAACGGACAUUUUUUCAAAAAGCCAUAUCCAUUUGUCCUGUUCUACUCCAAGUUCAAUGAAGUGGAGAUGUGUGUGGAUGCCCGGACAUUUGGCAAUGAUGCACGGUUUAUCAGAAGAUCAUGCACACCCAACGCUGAGGUGCGGCACAUGAUAGCAGAGGGGAUGAUUCACCUGUGUAUCUACGCUGUUGCUCAAAUCUCAAAAGAUUCUGAAGUCACUAUUGGCUUUGACUAUGAGUUUAGCUGCUGUAAUUAUAAAGUGGAUUGUGCCUGUCAUAAGGGCAAUCAGGACUGUCCUGUGCAAAGACACAAUCUCCGCCCCCUCCAACUACCAUCCCCUCAGUCUUCACACUUUGCCCCGCCUGGAGCUGAAACAAGGAGGAGACGAGCCCGACGCAGAGAGAUGGAAGGGGACAGGCUCGUAACCGGUGUGUCUGAUGAGAGCAACCACCUGCUGGAAGAUGCAAAUGAGACACAGGGAGUUAGUGAUACAGAGGAUGCUCUUAUUGACAGAGUGAAGUUGGAGAAUGGAGAGGAGUUGGAUGAGAAUGGAGCGCUAAUACCAAACAGACGUUCUCGUGAUGAACGCAAAGCAGAGGCCAUAAUGCACAUGUUUGAGAACCUUGAGAGGAGAAAGAAACGUGGUCAGGGUACAGCGCAGGCUACAGCUGAAGAAACCAAACUGGAAGCUGGGGAGGCAGAAGUGCCCUCACUUACAGCAGGAAACUGUGUACCAAAUACAGGAGCAGGUGGAGGAGUCAGCACGCGGCGUACCUCCUUUGCCACUGUGGACACAACAGACAUUGACUCUGAGAAGCCCCCUGCUACACCCAGUCCUGCCCCUAAAGCUCAACCUGCCCGCAGUUCCAAACCACGUCCUAAGAGCCGUAUCUCCAGGUACCGCUCCAGUUCAGCCCAGCGUGCUCGGAGACAGCGGCAGGCUCUUUCCCAGCAAGCAGCAGAGGGAGUUCUAGUCGGGGGUGAAGAGGGUAGUGCGGGGUCAGCCCUCAGGGAGCAGGGCCAGGGAGAGGGAGCUCCAAACUAUGGCCAUCUUCAAGAUGGAGAGCUAUAUGGAGCUGCCUCUGCAGCAGGGAUGGGUAAUAAGACCAAUGUCAGAUACCCAAAAACCAAAAAGUACCUGGUGACGGAGUGGUUAAAUGACAAGGUUCCAGAGCGGGUGGAGGAGUCUGUGGAGCGCCCUUUACGCAUCACCACUGACCCCACAGUUCUGGCCACCACCCUCAACAUGCUGCCAGGACUAUCUCAUUCACCUCUCAUCUGUACUACCCCCAAACACUAUGUUCGUUUUGGUUCACCCUUUAACCCUGAAAGACGCCGGCGACCCUUUAUGAUUGACCCUGCAUACGGUUCUUGCAAGAAGAGGUGGAUGAAACAAGCGCUGGAUGAGAGCAUGUUAUCUGGCCUGUUGGAGGAUGGAACGGAGUCCAAUUCUUCCCACAAAAGUAACACCAGCAGCACCAGCAGCUCUCUCCAGUUUAAACCUGAGCUGACAGGACCAUUUAAGAAGAGGAAAUUGAAGUGUUCGUCGGAAAUAGCAGCUCCACCCUCUGAACUUUUGUUACGACCAUUGUCCCCCAUCACCCCACCUCUGCCCUCUGAACUUCCAAUGACGCCCCUUCAUUCGCUCCUAAAUCCUUGCUCGCUUUAUUUAGGUGGGGAAGUGGAGAAGCUAAAUGCUACCGUGCUUUCGUACUCGCCACUCACAUCCCGGCCCACCAGCCGCUGCAAUACACCUUUACAGUUUGAGAACAUCUCUUCUCCUGAGGCUUCUCCUGUGCACAGAUCAGAAUCUCUGACUCCAGAACCCUGUUUGCGACCAGACUUCACUUCACGGGUUACUGCCUUCCCUGAUUUUUCCACAAGCCGUGGAAGCCCAGCUCCUGUGUCAGAAGACUUCUCACUUGCUGCUCCAGACUCUCUCAGUGGAUCAGGUGGUGGGACUCCCCGCAGCUCAGCUGUUGUGUCCACUCUAUGUGACUCUUCCUUGGUUUCACAUGCCAGUGAGGCACAGGCCCGAGAACAGGCAUUUAGGACAGAGUUUAACCUCAUUUACACCUGCUCUCCCCUCAAUGCCAAUCUACCCACUGGUCCUGUAAGUGACAGACACGUCCCACAAUCAGAGGGAGGCUUUUCGACGGCUGACUCUGAUUUUAGCACAUUGAGCAGCCAGGGGCUGCUGAUGGAGGCGGGGUCUGGCUCUCUCUCACUGUAUCUGGACACACAGUUUGGAGGUGGAUAUUCAGAGAGCAGCACAUCCCCUCACCCUAGCAAUCCACCACAAAAGAAGAAGAGGGUCAUGGUGAGUGCUGGUAGUCAGCUGGCUGGCUUGUCUGGGUACCAGGCAUUAGCUGUAAGGGGCCAGUUCAAGCCAGGGCAGAACAUGGUCUCUCUGCUAGAGUACAGGGAAAGAAAGAAAGGGCCACGGGACCCAGCGCCCCUCGUCACAAACCUCAGCUCCAUUUCCCCUCGCGCAGAGUCUCCAGGACAGCCGCGCGCUCAUUUUCAGCCUUCAGUCUCUCCGCACAAUUCGUUCUCUCCAGAAAGGCAAACUUUCCCACAGAUAGAGGAGGUCAGUCCUCCUGGCAUCAGAUCUGGGAGCCACACACAGACCACAUUACUGGGUGGACCAGAGUCCAACCACUGGAUGGUCCCUACAUCAGUUGAGCGGUUGAGGGAGGGACAGGGUGCUCUGGAACGUGUCCUGAGGGGUAAUCUAAACAUAGAGCGUGCCCUUAAAAGAGCAGAUGCCGGAAUGAAUGACCAAAUCAGCAGUCGUGACAAGAGCUCUGAUGCCCUUGAGAUGGACAGGUAUGAUCUUCAGAGCGCAUCUCUGGCCUCUCCCAUAAAGAGUCCUUCUGUACACCCACAUCAGCAGAUGCUGCCUCUCCAGCCAGAAUCCCAUCAGCACUCGGAAAGCCCCACCUACGACCAGCAGAGCUCCUCUUCUCCAUUCUGUCCCUCUGUAAGCCCCUCCCCUCCCCGCUGCAGCUCUGGGGGGCCUAGUUACUAUCCUUCAAAGCUGCCCACACACAGCCCACUCACCCAAGAAAGCCCGCCCUCUUCUACAGUAUCCAUCUCCUCAGUGGACUCAACAAUGUGUGCGCCACAGCCUCACAGCAGCAGUGGAGGUGGAAUGGACACCUCAGGCCUUAAAGCUAAACUGUUGGACAGCACCCUGUCAGCUGCUCUUUCUCUACCCACAAGAGGUCUAGGCAACCUAAAAAUGGACAGCACUGCAGUACCACACACACAAGGUGCUCAUGGCUCCAGAUUGGCCCAGUCAUCCAGAGUGCACAGCCAGAGAAUAGACAGACCCACUCAGGCUAACUCGAGACAUCUCACAGCUUCUGGAGCACAGCACUAUCCACAACGAAAUUUACAGGGUUCAGGGGUAUGGACACAGUCGGGGACUUUUUAGGACCCACCGUGUGAGCGUGCGUGCGUGCGUGUGAAUGCGUGUAUGUGUGUGUCAGAAAGAGAAGUGUGUGAUAUCCUCCUCACUUUUACCUGUGGAGAAGCUCUGCGUUGUUAGCGGGAAUUUGAUGUAUUGAGUUCUGUAUGGAUGGUCUACUUUUUUUUUUUUUCUUUUUUUUUUCUUUACUUUUCCCAGUUCCUUUUAUCUUUUUCCAAAAACUGAAUUUCUGCAGUUACAUGUAACUUAGUGUGGACUUCAUAACAAUCAAAUCAAUGGAACAUUAAAGUAACUAGUUUGGAGUAUAUAACCAGAUUUAAAUGUAUUUUGAAAAAUCACCCAAAUGCUACAAUGAUGUGUUCAUGCUGAGUAUUUAAGAGGAAAGUUAAGCACCAGUGGUGAAACAAAACUUUCUCUAAAAGUAGGGUUCUCAUGUUUAAGACUUAUCUAAGAGUAAAAGUGAUCAUGCUGAUCUUAGAUGAGUUUUCAACUUUCAUGUCUGAUAUAUGGUAUAAUGACCAUAUGAAAUGGCACUCUUACUUUAAGAUGCUUUGCACGCUUGACUCGGAGUACAUUCUCCGAUUUUCAGUUUUAUCGGUAGUCGUCAUCGGAACAGUUUUGUAGUGUGUUCAUGGAUGGCAUGCUUGGCUCAGAGCAAAGUGUUUCUGAAUGCACAUGAAAGCAAUUCUUAGUGAACGGUGAGUUAUUUCCUCACUCUGAAUCAUUCCAGUGUCUAGCUAUUGUUAGGGUCCGACAGGUCUCUGGCCUGUUGAAUUCUCGUUAGUGUCAUAAAAUCACUACUCACUUGAUAUAUAUAUAAUACUUGACAAGCAGAUCUUAUGGUGCUUCAGUUGGUCCAUUUGAAUUGUUUAUUAUGUUUCCCAAUGUGAUCAUGAUUGCCUCUUUAGGUAAAAACAUGCAAUUGUCAGUUCAAACUUUGUUUUUUAACUUGUUUCCAAUGAUUGUUAAAAGACCCUCUUUGUGACUCGCAAAGCACAAGACUUUGCGGAAAAGAAUUUGCAGAAAUGUUUUUGUUUAUACUCCGUUAAAAAGUAUGUGUACCCUCCCAAGCCCUUCAAUCCUGUAUAGUGUAUACUUCAUUUCUCUCACUUCAUAUACUUCAUUCUCUUCAUUUAAUUUACUCUCCUUUUUGACCAGUCCUUGCAUUCCAACCACCAUUUUAGAAAGGAAGAGAGGAAAGAAAUGCUGUGGCCAAAUGGUUUGAUCAGUGAAAAAGACAAAGCAAGUGUGCUGCUGCUGUGGUCUCUCAAAUUUAAGUGUUUUCCCCUUUUUAUAAUUACAAAAAGCUGCUCACAGGACAGCCUUUUUUUUAACAAAAUAGGCAUAGUGCUGUAUCUCCCUUUGAUGGGACCUUUUAUAAACAGUGAGGUCACCAAUUAAUGUGCCAUGAUGACCACAGUAGUGGGAUAUUGACCCUACUUCAAACAAAACCAAUGCCCCUGUUGCAUCUAGAGAACUAUAGUUGUCUGCUUGGUGGAUUUAUACAAUACAACAAUAUAAAAGAUAAGGCUAUGUCUGUUUUUGUUUUACCCUAAUGUGAAAAGAUCUUGAAAUGAUGAUGGGUUAAUGUGGUCAGCCUUAGUUCACUGGUUUAUAUGAAUGUUUCUUUCAUAGAAGGGUCUUAAAAAGGAAAAAGGAAAAAAAAAAAACAAAGACUAUGUGAUCUGAAAUUUACCAGCACCUUAACUACAUGAUCCUGUGUACUUCGGUGAAGUGUCAUUCUGUUAUCAGAGAAAUAUAGUACACCAAAUUUGA